AUGUCGAACAUUCCGGUUCCUGAGCCCCUGAAACUGGGCGGAAAUGUAGAAGAGGCGGUGAAACAGUUCAAGCUGCAGUGGAAGUACUACGCGCUGGCCACAGAGCUGUCGAAAAAGGGAAAUGAUCUGCAGAUAGCGACGUUCAUGGUCGUCGUCGGGGCGGAAGCGGUUAUGAUGAUCGACGAUUUGGCCUUGACGGAAGCGCAGCAGGCAACGCCAACAGACAUUCUGCAGGCAGUGGAAGAGCACCUGGUGCCGACAAGGGACGUUCGACUGGAAAGAGCGGAUUUCAACACGAUGGUCCAGCAAGACGGAGAAAAAAUCGAAGAUUUCGUGAAGCGGAUGCGGAAGAAGGUGAAGAAAUGCGGCCACACCCCAGCACAACAAGAAGAGAUGGUCAAAGAUCGUUUGAUUGUUGGCAUAUCGGAUCACCAGAUGCGGAAAAAGCUGUUGAAAGCCGGAAAUCUGACGGUUGACCAGAUGGUGGUGAAGGUCAAGGAGAGCCAGGACAUCGAGGACCUGGCCAGCAAGUAUGAGAAGAUGGCAGCAAAACAAAGCACAAGCCGGGAUACAGGAGAAACGUUCAAGGUGACGGCCACGCAGAAGCUGCAGAAGCCGUGCCGUUACUGUGGAAACGAGCACGACCGAGACAAAGCGAAAUGUCCAGCGUACGGGAAAACGUGCAUCGGAUGUGGAGGAAGAAACCAUUUCAAGAACGUUUGCUGGAAGAAGGGACGGAACCAAAGUCGGAACAAGAAGCAUCACAAGAAGCACGUCCGGCGCGUGGAGGACAGUUCCGAGAGCUCUGCGAGUUCAGAUACCGAGGAAGAGUGCGAGUUUGUCGACAUUGCCAAAGUUGAUGGGAAAAAUCUGAAAGAGGCUGGGAAGAUUAUGGUCGAACUCAAGGUGGCCGUAGGCGCGGGAAAAACUUCGCCGCUGGAGAUCCAGGUCGACACUGGCGCACGGGUUAACGUUAUGUGCUACAAAGACUUGAAGCAGCUACUCCCGGACCAACAGUUGAGCCCCACGAAGGUGAAGCUGAGGUGCUAUUCGGGGAAGGUGAUUGCGCCCAAAGGCCAGGUGGACUUGGAGAUUAAGCUCAAGAACGGAACCAAGCUGUUGACGUUCAUCGUGGUCAAGAAGACACGGCCACCACUGUUGUCGUCGCAAUCGGCAAUGGAUUUGGGAAUUAUCAAAGUCCACGACUUGUACAGUAUCGACACGCUCCAGCAAGAGUGCCACCACAUCUUGAGUAAGUACAAGGACGUAUUCGAAGGAGACGGCAAGUUUGACGGAAGGUUCAAGAUUGAAAUCGACAAUUCCGUUGCAGCUGUCCAGCAGAAGCCCCGGCGCAUUCCACUCGCGUAUCUACCGGAACUACAGUCCAAAAUCAGCGAUUUGGAGAAGAAAGGAAUAGUGGAGCCGGUAAACAAGCACAUGGACUGGUUGUGCAACUUGGUGCUGGUGAAGAAGGGAACCAAAUUAAGGCUUUGUUUGGAUCCAGCGGAGCUGAAUCAGGCGGUGCGGCGUGCGAACCAUCAAAUCCCUACAAUUGAGGAGAUGCUGCCGGAAUUUGCGAAGGCGAAGGUGUUCACAGUUCUGGAUGCCAAGAACGGAUUCUGGCACAUGGAGCUGGAUGAGGAGAGUGCCGAUCUAACUGCAUUCUGGACACCCAUGGGUGUGUAUCGCUGGAAGCGGAUGCCAUUUGGAGUCGCGUGUGCGUCCGAGAUGUACCAGAAGGAGCAGCAGCAAGUAAUCGUCGGCCUGCGCGGAACGCGAUGCAUUGCAGACGACGUCGUGAUCUACGGAUGUGGCGAUACCAUGGAACAAGCGAUGUUGGACCAUAAUCGGAACUUGGAAGCUGCCUUGAAGAGAUUCCGCGAGCGAGGUCUGAAGCUGAACCGCUCGAAAGCAAAAGUGGCGCUGUCAUCGGUUCCGUUUUUUGGUCAUGUUCUGACAGACAAAGGAGUGAAACCCGAUCCAAGCAAGAUUUCGGCAGUCCUGAACAUUCCAGAACCCUCGGACAAGAAGCAGCUGAUGACGUUCCUAGGAUUGAUAACGUACCUGGGCAGAUUUAUGCCAAGAUUAGCAGAUGUGAGUGCGCCGCUAAGAAAGCUGACCCGGGACACCGUGGAGUACGUUUGGGAUCAGGAAGCUGCCGGUGCGUUCAACCUGAUCAAGCAGCUAGUGACACAGAACCCCAUUCUCCGGUACUACGAUCCAACAGAACCUUUGCUGAUUCAGUGCGACGCAAGUCAACAAGGCGUGGGAUGCGUGCUGUUGCAGGAUGAAAGACCAGUAGCCUACGCAUCGAGGACGUUAACGAAGACCGAGAGGAACUACGCGUCCAUCGAACGUGAGUGCUUAGCAAUUGUGUUUGCGUGCAAGCGCCACGACCAGUACGUGGCAGGACGGCACCAAGUGGUUGUAGAGACCGACCACAAACCGCUAGAAGACAUCUUCCGGAAGCCGAUCACCGAAGCACCUCUCCGACUGCAGAAAAUGAGGAUGACGCUGCAAAGAUACAAUAUCCACGUUCGGUACAAGAAGGGAAGCGAGAUGUACAUAGCAGACUUGCUGUCACGAACUGCAACAGAGAAACCUGCCCACAACCUGGAUGCGGAAGUGAUGCUGAUAGAGAAGGUGGAUGCUGCGUUCGACGAGAUAGCGGCCACUAACGUUGUGGAACUCAUCAAUUUGUCGGACGAUCGGUUCGGUGAAAUCGCAACUGAGACCAAGAAGGAUACAACCCUGUGUAAGCUGAUGAGUGUGCUGAUCGAUGGCUGGCCUGAGCGGAAAGAAGACGUGAGCGAUGAGUUGUUGGUGUACAGGACGUUGCAAAACGAGCUCACAACGCACCGAGGAGUGAUCUUCAAAGGAGACCGAGUGUUGGUGCCGAAAUGCCUCCGCAAGAAGCUGAUCGAGAAGUUGCACGUAGCGCACCUGGGAAUUGACUACACGUUACGAGCAGCUAGGGAGUCGUUCUUCUGGCCAGGGAUGGCUGACCAGAUCACCAACUACGUACGAAACUGCGAGGUGUGUAUGGAGUUCAGCGCCAGUCAAUGCAAGCCACCCAUGACGUCACACCAGAUACCGGAAUAUCCCUUCCAGCGUGUGAACAUUGAUUUGGCAGAGAUCAAGCAAGAGGGCAAGCGAAUUCUCAUGAUGGUCACAGCGGACAGUUUUUCUGACUUCGUUGAGGUUGACCUGCUAGCCGACACGAAGACCAAAACUAUUGUUGCGGCGUGCAAGCGCAAUUUUGCCCGUCACGGAACGCCACAAGUUGUUGUCACAGACAAUGGACCGCAGUUCAGCAACGAAGCGUGGACCAAGUUUGCGAACGAAUGGAGUUUCAAGCACGUGACGUCUGCUCCAUACCACGCGCAAGGAAACGGAAAAGCUGAAUCAGCGGUCAAGUCAAUGAAGCAGCUGUUCAAGAAGUGCGCCAAAAGUGGUACUGAUUUCUGGCAAGCACUGCAACAACAUCGGAACACGCCAAAUGCCGUAGGAACAAGCCCCAACCAGAGAAUCUUCUCAAGAAACACACGAAGCACGAUUCCCGUCAUAACAAACAAGUUGCAGCCGCCUCGAGCAUCACACGUGGAAGACCGGAUCGAGCAGAAGAGAAAAGUGGUCAAGGCGAGUUAUGACAAACAUGCGAAGGAGCUUCCGGAGCUGAAGAUCGGGGAAAACGUUAUGGUACAACGACGACCUGACCUAGACAAGCAGUGGGAACGAGCAACAGUUGUGCACCAAUUUCCGGACCAAUCGUGCGAUGUACGGCUAGAAGAUGGUGGCGUGUACCGACGCAGCGCAGUGCAUAUUAAACCGGGAGGUCAACAGUUUGCCAACCAGAUCCGAGAACCAAGGAUAAUGCGACCACCGACACCAACAAGUCCAGUCGAGCAGCACCAGGACGAACCAAAGCAGACGAUCUUCGAGAGACGUGACUACAACAAGAAAGCCGGGGACAGCGGUAUCGUCGACAAUACACCAGAGAGCAGGAAGCGAGACAACGAGACAUCGACAACGGAAACAACCAACAGAGCAGAGCAGAGCAGCGGUAUGGUUCAAGAAUCGUAG